AGUUGGGCCGUUUGCGUCGGCUGAAAAAUCUCAUCUUGAGUUUCAAUUUAUUCCAAGGAGGCAUCCCCUCCAACUUGACCUACGGCUCCGAGCUUAGAAUUCUCGCCUUGAGCCACAACCAGCUCACGGGCAAGAUUCCAGUGGAAAUCACCUCCCUCACGAAGCUUGGUGAGCUAUAUCUCGGGAGUAACACAUUGAUCGGGGUUAUUCCAACUUCCAUUGGUAACCUAUCAUCACUCACACGACUCUCCCUCCUUUACAAUCACCUGGGUGGAAGCAUUCCGGAUGACAUCGGCCGCCUUUCGACCCUUGAAUUUUUUCGAGCAAGUGUCAAUAGUCUUACAGGUACAAUCCCUAGCAAACUUUACAACAUCUCAUCAAUGCAAGAGUUCAGUGUGGCUCAAAAUGAGCUGCAAGGAAGCAUUCCAUCUGAUAUAGGCGUCACGCUUCCUAGUCUUCAAUUCCUCAUAUUGUCUGGCAACCAGUUUGAUGGACCCAUUCCAACUACACUGGCAAAUGCCUCGAGACUUGAAGUCAUCUGCAUUCCAGAUAAUCAUUUUAGUGGGAGGGUGCCAUCUGAGCUGGGAAGGCUACGAGGCCUUCACCUUCUUAAUGUAGAAAAGAAUCAUCUGGAAGCAGGAGAUGCCAAGGGGUGGGAAUUUCUCGACUCUCUCACAAACUGCAGCCGGUUAACGGUGUUGUCACUCUACGACAAUAUGCUAGGAGGCAUGUUGCCCAACUCAGUAGUCAACCUCUCUUCACAGCUCAAAGUAUUGAAUCUGAACAUAAACCACAUGUCAGGGAGAAUCCCUCAUGGAAUUGAAAACCUAGCCAACCUCUACUGGUUCACUUUCGAUGAUAACCUUUUCACUGGUGCUAUUCCAGAAAGCAUCGGUAAGCUUGUGAGGUUAGAGAGGCUAGGCUUGUCUUCUAAUAGGUUUACAGGACAGAUUCCUAUCACCCUAGGCAAUCUCACACUACUGACUGAACUCUAUUUGGAGCAGAAUAACCUGCAAGGCCCCAUUUCUCCAAGUCUUGGAAAGCUGCAACACCUAUCAAUCUUGGACCUUUCUACCAAUCGUCUUGCUGGAACCAUACCCAAAGAGAUUUUAAGCCUUCCCGCCUUGUCCCUUUAUCUAAAUUUAUCUGACAAUUCAUUGGAUGGAUCUCUUCCUCUAGAGGUUGGGAGAUUAAAGAAUCUACACACUUUGGAUAUUUCUAGAAACAUGCUAUCUGGUAAUAUUCCUAGCACACUUGGUGACUGUCAGAUCUUGGAAUACUUGCAUCUGGAUAACAACUUUUUCCAAGGGACAAUUCCCAAAUACUUGAGCAACGCAAGAGGCCUUCAAGAACUAGAUCUCUCACAUAACAAUUUAACAGGUCCUAUUCCAACAUUUUUAGAGGACUUGAAACAAUUGCAAAUGUUGAAUUUGUCUUUCAAUCAUCUUGAAGGUGAAGUGCCAGUAAAAGGGGUCUUUGAAAAUGCUACUCAGGUUUCCAUCAAAGGAAAUAGUCGACUCUGUGGGGGUGUUCCAGAAUUACACUUGCCCGCAUGCCCAGGAAAGUCAUACAAAAAGAGAAAGUGGCCUCUGCUACUGAAAAUAGUGAUUCCAAUAGCUGGUGCAGUCUUGUGUAUGAUCCUUCUAUUCUCCUUUUUUAUCCUUCUACGGAAACGGAAGUCGAAA